UUUUUUUUGCUGUAACCCAGUGCCCGCAAUGCCCAUUUGAAGCCUGUACGUUCUUCCCCAUCACAAGGGAUCUACUAGCGGCGCUGUCCAUCAUUCCCUGAUCGCUUCAUGUUCAGGACAGGAGAGCUGGAGUCUGGGGGUGAAAUCAGCCACAACCAUCAUCCAUUUAGAAAUAAAAUGGUGCCUACGUUGGAUGGUAGCAAUAUGACUAAAUAUAAAAAGACCGCUGUUAUAUUUAAUGAAGUUGCUGUAUACUUCUCUGAAGAAGAAUGGAGCAAUUUGGAGACGUGGCAAAAGGAACUUUACGGCAACGUAAUGAGAGAGAUUCAUUCAACGUUAAUCUCACUAGGCUAUAGUAUUGCUUAUCCUGAUAUUCUGUGCAGAGUGAGAAAAGAUCAAGAUCCUUAUAUCAGCAACAAAGAAGAAGUGAGAAAAAGUGCCUGCUUUCCUUCUGCUAGCACUUCAACUCCUUAUCCAGACAUCUUAUUAAGGAUCAAGCAGGAUGAAAAUGCUACUGGAGCCAGUCCCAAAAGUGAUUACUCUUCUGCAGUAGAAAACUCUAUGGAACCCUCUUUCUCGUUUAAUGAAGAAAUGAAGCACAGUGUUGAUCAAUCAAAUCUAAAGUGUAACAAAGGGACCAGCACCCCAAGCACGACCCCCAGUACGAACUUCAGUAGUGAGCUGGUUUUUAAUCCAAAGUUUUCACUCUGGAUAAAACAAGAGGAUGACGAGUCUGAAUUUGAUGAAAACAACCAACCUGAGGUUUCACUGGAAGUUGAUCAUUUGAGGAAUCGAAAUAUGGAGGUGCCUUACAUUGCAGAUAAAUCACCUAUCCCAAAAGAUUUCUGUGGACAUUUUUCAAACAAAGAAAAUUCUAACAAAAAGCAGCAGGUACAUGCACAGACCAAAAACGUUUCGGCAAACAAACCUGGAAAUUCUGGAAAAGUAGAAGAAAGUCUACUGUCCAUUGUACUUAAAAGAGCAAACACUGGAAGUCUCUGCAUGCCAAGUUAUAAAUAUUUAAAUGAUUGUAAGAAAAUAGACUACACCGGAAAAGAGGCCUGCCUUGAUUCUAAACUGCCGAGCUGUCAGGCAUCACAAACUAAAGUUAAUCUGAGCUAUUUCUGUAAGACUCCAUCUGACCAGAAAGCUGUGCAUGGCAUUAAACCACAUCGAUGUAGUAUAUGUGAAAAAUAUUUUAAAACUAUUGGUAUUCUCAAUGUUCACAUGAAGACACACUCUGGCAUUAGACCAUAUCGAUGUAAUGAUUGCGGCAAGAGCUUUCGAGACAACUGGAAUUUAAAAGUUCACCAGAAAAUUCAUACUGGGGAGACCCCAUACAAAUGUUCGAUAUGUGACAAGAGCUUCAUUCAGUAUGCAACUUAUAUGAAACACCAGCGUAUUCAUACCGGGGAAAAACCGUACACAUGCUGUUACUGCGACAAACGUUUUACAAACAGUUCAAACCUGGUUCGCCAUCACAGGACGCAUACUGGUGAAAAACCAUAUGUGUGCUUGGAAUGCGGUAAAAGCUUCAGCUACAACACAAGUCUUAUUCAACACAAAAAAAUCCAUUCAAUAGAAUGUUUAGAAAAUGUAAGCAAAAAUUCGGGAAAAAAAUGAAUUUGAUAGGGGUUGUGGUUAUGUGCUAAAAUUGAUUUAUGGAAAAUAAUUUCUCGGGAUCUAUGUUGCACAAUUAGAGGAACCAGUGAAGUACUGCUCCUAAAUUGUAACUGUUGGCACACCUGUUAUGUAAUGAUGUAUCUCAUCUGGGAGCCUAAAAAAAAGUGUAGCCGGCUCCAUAAAAUGAAGUUUUUUUUUUUAUAAUGAAAAUAGAUUGAAAACAAGAACCUUUUUCUUAGAGAUUCUUUAAGGACCAUAACUACUUAAGCUUACUACAUAGGUAAUGCAUCAAGAAACUCUGUGCUCCUGUUUGCCUUGAACAAAAUUUAAAGCUUGAACGAAUUUAUUGGAGCUAUGACUUAUCACCUCUCCUUUUCCCACUGUAAGAUGUGAAUAAAUUAAUUUUGGUUUCUGAGUA